AUGAUUGUUUCCAUCAAUAUUGCCGAGGGUAAGGUAUUCAGGGGUACAUCCUACUUGGAUUGCUUCCGUGGAACUGAACAUCGACGGACAGAAGUUGCAUGCAUGGCUUUUGUUGGGCAAGUGCUGUCGGGGACAUCGUUUGCAUACAAUUCCACCUACUUCUUCCAGCAAAUCGGACUUCGGACAUCCGAUGCUUACAAGCUGAAUGUGGGUGGAAUAGGCAUUGCAUUACUUGGGACCAUCACUUCUUGGUUUUGUAUCAUGCCGUAUGUCGGACGACGUCGUAUGUAUCUUUUUGGCAUGGUCACAUUAUCGACCAUUCUACUUUUAGUUGGCCUUCUUGCUAUAAAAGACUCGAGUAGCACGAUAGUUAUCGGACAAACAGCCUUGAUUCUCCUGUGGACAUUCAUCUUUCAACUGUCUAUUGGUCAACUUGGCUGGGCAAUUCCGGCGGAAAUUGGCUCGACGCGUCUUCGGCAAAAAACCAUUUGCCUGGCGCGAACCUCUUACUAUCUCGUCGACACUCUCGCCAAAACUAUUGAGCCCUACUUGAUGAAUCCAACCAAGUGGAAUCUCAAGGGCUAUACAGGGCUUCUCUGGGCUGGAACAGCACUCAUCGCUGCAACCUGGACCUUUUUUCGGUUACCCGAAACCAAGGGUCGCAGCUUUGAGGAGCUCGAAAUACUAUUCGAGCGAGAUGUUCCGACGAGAGAGUUUGCCUCGUAUAAAAUCGAGAGGCCGGUAGCGAGAGGCGAGUCUGAGCUGGAUAAUCGAUAA